AAGCGAACAGACGCUGCUGCGCGUCGCGACGUUGCACCGCGAGUGUUCUCCAUUAGUUCAUCCUGGACAUAUAUUUUCAUAUUUUCCUUGAUUGUCACAACACUUGUAGUGUUGCUAAUGUAAAGAAGAAUGUGGCAGGGUUUACAGACAAUCUAAGGACGAGUGACCUCUCUAUCGUAGUAAAACGAAAUAAAUUUUUUUCUUUCUUGUUCACUGACAUUAUCAGAAGGCAAUAGUGCGGAUUUUUUUCUUUUCUCCUGGAGUUGAGAUAGAGUUGAAAAAUAUGGAUUCGGCAACCGAGGGUGAACAGAUUGAAAAGCUAGAGAAGGAAGCAGAGAGCCUGAAAGUUCGCCUCGACGAUGAGAGGAAAAAGCUGAAUGAUGUUACACUGUCAGAAGUGGCAGAUAGACUGCAAACUAUUAAUUGCAUAAAUGUAAAGCCACGAAGGGUGUUGAAGGGACAUCAGGCAAAAGUCUUGUGCUCUGAUUGGUCACCAGACAAGCGUCAUAUAGUCUCAUCUUCUCAAGAUGGCAAAAUGAUAAUUUGGGAUGCAUUUACAACGAAUAAAGAGCACGCUGUUACAAUGCCCACAACUUGGGUAAUGGCGUGUGCAUACGCACCUACUGGAGCUCUUGUGGCAUGUGGUGGUCUUGAUAACAAAGUCACUGUCUAUCCACUGAGUCUCGAAGACGACGUGACAACGAGAAAAAAAACAGUGGGCACUCACACCUCUUAUAUGUCAUGCUGUGCAUUUCCCAACAGUGACCAACAAAUUUUAACCGGCAGUGGAGACAGUACUUGUGCACUGUGGGACGUAGAGAGUGGACAGUUGCUCCAAAAUUUUCAUGGACACUCGGGCGAUGUCAUGUCCAUUGAUUUGGCUCCGAGUGAAACUGGUAAUACAUUCGUGUCUGGAAGCUGCGACAAAAUGAUUCUCAUUUGGGACAUGAGGAGUGGACAGUGUGUCCAGAGUUUCGAGGGACACGAUUCCGAUGUUAAUUCUGUGAGAUUCCAUCCAAGUGGUGAUGCAGUUGCCACAGGUUCGGACGAUGCCACUUGCCGUCUAUUUGAUCUACGAGCUGACAAGGAAGUUGCAGUCUAUGCCAAAGAGAGCAUUAUAUUCGGUGCAAAUUCUGUUGAUUUGAGCGUCAGUGGACGGUUGUUAUUCGCCGGAUACAAUGACUACACUGUCAACGUCUGGGAUACAUUGAAAUGCCAGCGUGUCGCUCUUCUCUAUGGACACGAAAACCGUGUUUCAUGCUUACGGGUAUCACCGGACGGUACUGCACUUUCCACUGGUAGUUGGGACACUACUUUACGUGUUUGGGCUUAAUUAACUAAUUUAAAAAAUCACCAUGGAUUGUACAUCAUAACUUUUAAGGCUAAUAAUUAUUCUCAUGAAAAAAGUACCAACGUGCAUUUAACUAAUACUAAAAAAAAGAAUAGACAAAAUGUUAUUGUAAAUCAAACGAGUGUAGAGUAAUAUUUAUGAUGAAAAUUUCCGCGAAGGAAUAGUGAUGUGAACAUUCAUGAAGUUACCAAUUUAAUUUUGUUUCUGUCGUCAAUAGUGGAAUAUCCGUAUUGUAUUAGGCUGGCCCUAAGUUCCACGUUUCACAGAGUAUCACAGAGUCAUUAUCUGUACAAUAAAUUUUAUUAGAAUACCUAAUAAAAAAUGUGUAAUAUAGCAGAACCAAA